AACAACUGCGCAUGUGUGAUUUACUACUGUAACCUUAAAUUUGACGUAUAAGUUUUAGGAAAUUUAUUUAGAUUUUAUUCUUCUAAUUAUAGUUAAAUAAAUAAUUAAGAUCUGAGAGAAAGAGUAAAAAUCAGUGUGUGUCAAAAUGUUGACGUCUUUACGAAAAUCUUGCAGUCUGCUGAAUUUAAAAAAUAUUCGAGGCCUUCAGUCGACAGUGUCACGAGGAUCUGAUCAGUUAUUUGUGCACAGAGACAGUGAAGAGGACAAUCCGAGUAUUCCCUUUGAAUUCAAUGCGGAGAAUAAGAAACGUAUCGAUGCACUGUUAAAAAUUUAUCCCGAGGGCCACAAACGUGGUGCAAUGAUUCCGCUAUUGGAUUUGGCACAACGACAACAUGGUUGGUUACCAAUUUCAGCGAUGCACAAAGUUGCCGAAAUUAUUGGAGUGUCGAAUAUGCGUGUUUAUGAGGUUGCAACAUUUUACACCAUGUUCAAUCGACGGCCAAUGGGAAAAUACCACGUUCAAGUUUGCACAUGUACACCAUGUUGGUUGAGAGAUUCUGACUCGGUUUUGAAUGCAGUUUGCGAGGCGACAAAUUGCAAAGUCGGUGGUACUUCGUCAGAUAAAUUAUUCACCAUCUCCGAAGUUGAAUGUCUUGGUGCUUGCGCUAAUGCUCCGAUGCUGCAAGUUAACGAUGAUUACUAUGAGGAUCUUACCGCGGAGAGUACUAAAGCGAUAAUUAACGCACUUAAAAAUGGAGACAGACCACCGCCAGGGCCACAAAACGUAGGACGAUUUGCGGCAGAACCUGCAGGGGGACUCACAUCCUUAACUAGUCCGCCUCCUGGUCCCGGAGUAGGUGUUAGGUCUGAUCUAUAAGAUCUUUGUAAUUAAAAAACUCAUUUUUUUCUAAAUAUAGUCAAUCUUUCAUUACAUAAAGCUCUGAAAUUUGAGUUAUUAAUUUUUUCAGACUCAUGUUUGACUUCGACAAUUUAUAGUGAAAGAAACAAAAAUGUUGUUAUUUUUCUCCUGGGAGAAUUUUUCCCUGUGUUACUGUAUUUAAUUUAAAAAUAAAUUUGUUACUUUUUUUCUCUCCAAAAAUAAAUUUCCUUAGAACUGCGUUAAAAUCGAAA